AUGGCAGAUGAAGAAGACGGAAGAGUAGGAGGAUCGCUGCUGUAUAGAGUAUUCCAAAACAGAGUUAACAAAAGAGAACUUUUCAAACAUUGGCACCGGACAACAAACCUCUUCAACUCCUUCAACAGCAGUGCACCGGUGACAUCCAUCAGGGCCUACACCGACGGAUCCAAAUCAUCGUCCCCCGAGACCACAACGUGCGCUAUUUUUGUCCUCACCCUAAACAUUGAACAUGCCUGGACGCUAACGAAAGGCUCCAGCAUUUUCACGGCGGAAGUCACAGCCAUAUACCAGGCCCUGAAACUAAUUUACGACAUGGACGACUGCCCCCCAGAAGUUAUCAUAUACAGUGACUCCAGUUCAGCCAUCACUGCCAUCUCAUCGAAUUCCCUAUCGGAAAAUGAAGCGGUUACAGCCACCCGGAAAAUAAUUGCCAGCCUCAAAUCAAGCGGCACUCGAACUAGUCUGACAUGGAUCCCUAGUCACACUGGUAUAGAAGGAAAUGAAAGGGCGGACAGACUGGCAGCUAUGGAAUGCAACACCCAGGACGGAGAGAGAGUCAACAACAGCCUGUCCCCCAAAGAAAUGGUCUCAAUAAUAAGGGCCAACUGGGCCAUCAACCUCCUCCGUGACCAGAAGACUUGCAAGAAAAGUUGCAUACAGAUGAGACCCAGGUUAGGCACCAUCAAAUGGCACCAACACGGAAACAGGCAAGUAGCAAUAUGCCUGCACAGACUCCGUUCAGGGCACAACCGACUCAAUGCUUUCAACCACAGGAUAGACCCAGAAGCCGACCCAAGCUGCCGCUUCGGAUGCGCAGCCAUCGAAAACACCCGCCACAUACUAGAAUCCUGCCCAAGAAAUGAAGAAUUCCGCCUUAAAAUCCGCCAGUUCUUUUCGGAUAGGAACCUCGAACUCAAUGCUAAUACCAUUCUCGGCCUCAACCCAGUGGUCGACACAGAUUCCCAGUUUAAAAUCCGGAACCUAACGACCCAGUUCCUAACGCAAUCCGCGCUGAUCAACAUAAUCUAACAAGCCAUAGGUAACCGACGAGGGUAAGGAUUUCAAAAGCGUUUACGAACGC